UUUUUCUGAAUUUAAAUGCAGGUGUGCAUGACAUGCAUUCGACAAGGUCAUCGAGUUGGAGUUUCUUAUUAUGAUUCCAGUAUUCACCAACUUCACGUGAUGGAAGUUUGGGAAGAUGGCAGCAUGGACUUCCCCCUAAUUGAUAUGGUGAAAUAUCAAGCUAAGCCACUGAUCAUCUACACAAGCACAAAAGGCGAGGAAGCUUUCUUGUCUGCUUUACAACGAAGUGAUGGAACAACAGAGGCUUUUACUGUGAAGCUUGUGAAAAGUUCAGUAUUUAGCUAUGAGCAAGCAUGGCACAGAUUGAUAUACAUUCGAGUAACAGGAAUGGAUGAUGGGUUAGACAUCAAGGAGAGAAUUUGUUAUUUGAGUUCUAUGAUGGACGUGGGAAGUGAUGUUCAAGUUCGUACCAGUGGAGGCCUUCUUGCCAUAUUAGAGAAUGAAAGGAUUGUAGACACACUUGAACAAAUGGAAUGCAGCAAUGCAUCUAUUGCAAUUGAUUCUGUUAUAGAAGUUUCAUUAAACAAUUUUCUAAAACUUGAUGCUGCAGCUCAUGAGGCGUUGCAGAUAUUCCAAACAGAUAAGCAUCCUAGCUAGCCAUAUGGGCAUUGGUAGA